AUGUUGUUGUGGCUGAGCUACCUGAAGCAGCUCGAGCUGGCGUGCGCCGGGACGCCGCCAGGCGGCGCUGCCGACGCCAAAACAAUGUGUUUGGCGUUCCGAAACAUUCACUCCAGCGUCAGUCAAAUGUGCAACAACCUGUGGCUCCGAAGGACUUCUCCCGAAAAGGGACUCUGUUCUCGACAGCCAACGGACCAUAAUAAAACGAUAACUUAUGGUAAUGCACUCGAAAGCCUUUCGGAGUUCCUACCAAACCAGCCGCCUUCGCGUCGUCGGUAUGACGAGAAUGACGCGCGCCCGAGUGAAUGGGGCCUUGGCCGAGCGCCCCCCGAUCUAGCUGAUAAGAGCGUCACCGAGGGGCCGGGGCGAGGGAGGGGGGGGUUUGCCCCUUAUCGACGCCGAGAUUUCACGUUCAUUAUCAAGCGAGCUCUGAUCAGCGGGCCCCCAGACGCCCUGAUAAGGCGUUGCACGUUCCUCGCAGGCUCGCCACGGUUUCCGUGCGGCGGACACAGAAAAGUGUUAGACGCGAUGGACACAAAAAUAACAGUAAAUAAU